GGUUUCUGUUAACACGGUAGCCGAAUUCGCACAGUCGCGAGCUCACUGACUGAACUUCCUCCUCAGCUGUCAAGCGUUGACUCACCAGUGCUUCUGGUUGCAAUAUUAUCUUUUUUAUUUACGAUAUUAAUUAGAGUUUAGUCAGAAAUGGAGGGCCAGCGCUGGUUGCCACUUGAAGCUAACCCAGAGGUUAUGAACCAAUUUUUGCGGCAGUUGGGCUUGGUACCCACCUGGCAGUUUGGUGAUGUGUAUGGAUUGGAACCUGAACUUCUCAGUUUGGUGCCAAAACCUGUGUGUGCUGUUCUCUUACUUUUCCCCAUAACAGAGAAGUAUGAAACCUUUAGACAGGAAGAAGAGGCAGAAAUUAAAGUGAAGGGGCAAGAGGUGUCCUCGGAUGUCUACUUCAUGAAACAGUCAAUUGGCAAUGCUUGUGGUACAAUAGGAUUGAUUCAUGCUGUUGCAAACAAUCAAAAGCAUCUUGAAUUCGAGUCCAAUUCACCACUAAAGGCUUUUUUACUGGAAUCUACGAAGAUGAACCCAGAGGAAAAAGCAGCUUUUCUUGAAAAAGAUGAGAGUAUCCGUGUAACACAUGAGUCAAGUGCUCAGGAAGGACAAACAGAGGCUCCAAGCUUAGAUGAAAAAGUGGAUUUGCAUUUUAUUGCCUUUGUAAAUGUUGACGGACAUUUAUAUGAACUAGAUGGACGAAAGCCUUUUCCAAUUGUUCAUGGGAAAACCACAGAGGACACAUUUCUUGAGGACUCCGCAGAGGUCUGCAAGAAGUUCAUGGCACGGGAUCCCCAGGAGCUCCGCUUCACUGUGGUGGCCCUGUCUAAAGCAUAAAUGUUUUUGAUGUUUACCUGAGAGGAAAACUGCCAAUCAUUCAGAAGUGCUGUUUACUUUAGAACAUUAACAUUUAUACAGUAUAGGCUCAAUUUUGACUUUGAUAAAAAAUGUACAAAGUUUUGACCUUGCCAGAUAAAUGCCAUUGUUAAAGGAAGAGUUCAAAUAAAAUCUGGGAAUAAAUCAAUAUCUACAAAAUGUUCAAGUUAAGGAUGAACAGUGUUUCAUAUCUGUGCCAUCUCUGGAUGGCCUGUUCCGUGUUUGCUUUUUUGCCUGAAAAGACCUCUUUAAAAUUAAAGUUUGCUUCUUGAGAAUGUGAA